AUGUCCGCCUACGAGCUUCCUGUCGAAUUCGGUGGGCCAGAUGACCCCGCCGAUAUGAAUAUUCUUCCCGAACAUGGUGAAGCCCUUCCCGGUAAUAUCGCCUUGGCCGGAGAUGGGCUCGAAGCAGUCGCCGAGAACGAUCAGUCUACUGCUUUUUAUCCAUUCAAUAAUGCUCUUACUGAGCAGCCCGCCGAGAUGGAGAUGAGUUUGGAAUUUCAGGGAUACGUUUCAGACAAUACCACCUCCGCCGGAAAUGAGCUCGAAGCAGUCGUCCAGAGCGAUCAGACUACCGCUUUUCAUCCAUUCAACAAUGCCCUUACUGAGCAACCGGCCGAGAUGGAAAUGAGUUUGGAAUUUGAGGGAUUCUCUUCAGACAAUACCGCCUCUGCCGGAAAUGAGCUCGAAGCAGUCGUCCAGACCGAUCAGACUGCCGUUCUCUACCCACUCGCCACCCUCGGUCGCUCAAGAACCACCAAGAGGGCCGCAGACAAGGACAAGAACGCGGCCGCGCGCAAGGCCGCCAAGAAACCCGCCACCGGCAAGACCCGAAAGAAGCCCGAGGUGGAACGCUUCGACCUCGUGGGCACCAUUCCCGAAAUCCUCGUGCGCAUGAUCACCAACAUGGAAGGGCCCCAGCUCCGCACCCUCCUCUCCACCGGCGGCCGCCACUUCACCGUCGGAACAUUGUGCUCGGGCACCGACGCCCCCAUCAUGGCGCUGGGGAUGCUGCAAGAGGCCUUUACGCCACCGGCGUCGGCGCCGCGUUCUCCUUUGACCACGUCUUCAGCGUCGAGAUCGAGUAAUAUUUUCCGCGACGUCGUCGAGUUUGCCGAGUCGGACAAGGCCACCACCGCCGCGGGCGCCAAGGCCGACGUGCCCCGCAAGGUGGACGUGCUCGUCGUGGGCUCGUCGUGCGUCGAUUUCUCCUCGCUGAACCCGAAAAAGAACAUGGCGCUGCGUCGCAUGGUGGGCACCCAGGACGUGGACGACUACUACCUGGACGCGGACGCCAUCGCGAGCUUCCUCACGGCGGCGGCCGGGGCCACGAGCGAGUCCGCCACCACGUUCCUCGCCUCGCUCAAGUAUAUCAACGAGGUGCGCCCCAAGAUGGUGAUUCUCGAAAAUGUCAGCACCGCGCCCUGGGAUGCCAUCAUCAACUACUAUUUCCACCGCAUUGGCUACCAUGGACAAGUCUGCCUCUUGGAUACCGUGGAUUACGGCCUGCCCCAAACGCGCCGCCGCGGCUACGUCCUAGCCGUCGACGUGCGCCAUUACGGCGAAGACAUCGCCACCCCCAUUCUCGAAGCCUGGUCCAAGUCCGUCCUCCAGGCCCGCCCGCGCGCCCGCAUCCCCCUCUCCUCCCUGGUCCGCCGCUACGGCGACAAAGAAGUCCGGGAACACAUCAUCCCCGUCGAGAGGGGCGCCAGCCGCGAACCCAACACCAAGGCCGCCAUGUGCAAGAUGCGGCACGAAGCGUUUCGCCGCGACUACAAGAUCCCCCACGCGCGAACCCUUAUACGCUGCUGGACGCUCGAGGCAUGUUGGGCAAACCCCUGCCAGACGCCCGCCGGUCUCCAGUUCCUCAUGAGCCAGGGCCGGAUGUUGACGGGUUUCGAGAUCCUCUACCUCCAAGGCAUCGAGGCCGACAAGCUCGUGCCGUCCACCGAGUCGGACAAGGACUGGAAGGACUUGGCCGGAAAUGCAAUGACCACCACCGUCGUCGCUGCCGUGUGCGUCUCUGCCCUGGCAGCCGAGGCGCACGCUGCCGAGGGGUCGGGUCGUGGGCUUGUCGCCCCGGCGCGCAGCUUCUUGGAGGGUUUGAUGCGGGGCCCCGCCGUGUACUCGGACCUGGCUCUCGAGCCCAGCGACGACGAAUCUCAACGCACGGGUGCCACGGUAAUCGACGCCCGCGUCUCGUGGGCUCUAGACCUCUUCGUGCAAGGUCGAUCCUACUGCCCUUGCGACGGCUACAGCAUCCGCAACCGCGCCGUCGGUCUCCGUCUCUGCGUGGACUGCGGCGAGUACCGCUGCCACAAGUGCGCCGGCAACCCCAAGCACAAUUUCGUGGCCUUCCCCAUCUCGUUCCCCUGCUCGCCGAGCCCGCGCUGCGUUCGAAACCUGCUGCGCCGGUACGACUUUUACUUUGACGAGUGCCACGUGGGCCAGUGCUUGACUAUUCGCUACAAGUCGGCCAAGGCGCACGUUGAUGUGGUCAUUGACGAGCACGCUGUCACUUGGAACGUGUAUUUUGACGUGAAGCGUACCUCGAGCUGGAAGGUCGGCUUCAAGGAGGACCCCCAUAUUCAAGUUGUUCGCGCCGUUCUCAAAGGGAGGGACCACUCCAUCAUCCCCGGCGAAAACGAUUGGGAACUCUGGGUGGCCAACAGGCACAAGGUAAUUCUUCGCAUCCGGGAAGGCGUCGAUGUUCUCGAGGGCAUCGCGUUUGACCUCCUCUCCGUCACCAACAAGUCAGGCGAACAAGUCACCGAGGGCGCAGUGUACGACUCGCUCGCGCAGCUCCUACAGACGGAGUACACCCUGACCGAGAAGUGCGGCACCUCGCACGCGUUACUGUACGUGAACAAGGCCGCGGGUCUCUACCACUUCCGCGAUCCCAGCAAGGAGACGGCGGGAUCGCGCGAUCACUGGAUCAUUGCGGGCACCAACCGCGCGCGCUGCUUUACCCCCGCGAUCGCGAAGGCCAACGCCCAGGACGAGACUGAACCAGAGCCCGAGCCGGAAGACGACUCGGACAAGGACAGCUCGGAGGAUGAAGGCGAGGGAUCGAAGAAGAAGGCCGGAAAGGCCACUCCCAAGAUCCCUCUGCCUCCUGGAGGAAUUGAAUGCAAUUCCCGGGCCACUGGCCUCUGGAUGAACUAUUCUACAUGGGGGCUCGUUGAGAGAAAGACCUGCGGCCAACUCAAGACCUGGAUGCACAUGGUGAUCCCACUCAAAGAUUUCCCCUUCUUCAGCUCCUUCCACGAGAGGCUAUGGGGUCAAAACUGGGUCACCACAGACGCGUUGACAACCGCCUCCGACGAAAAUGGCGUCGGCCUCUAUCCGAUCCGACAGAGAGACUCGCGCGCGCUCCUCCGAUUGAUCAGGUUCGCCAUCAUGGCCGUGCCCCAAGUGCAAGGCCCUGCGGGCAGGUUCAGCCUCAAGCGACGUCCCUGCAAAGCCUGCGUUCCCACCCUGCCUCCCGUCCACCGCAUCCGCAACGACCAGUGCAAAGUCGUCUCCAUCAUCGAGGGCACCCACGGCUGCGACCAGUUCGAGGCUCGCGUCAAUACCCGCCCCGCGCCCAUGCAAAUCUCGGUGCGUCCCGCUGCUGGGCCGUCGCUUCUCGUGGGUAUCAAGAUUGAUUUUGCCGCGCUCAUCCACCGCGCGCGAGGAUACUUGCCAAUCGCGACGGGUGCGAGUGGGCUGAGGUUGGCGAGGAAGACGUACGGAAUGGCGCAAGUGUGGCACAACUUCUCGGAUAACCCUGGUCCCUUCCUGCCCCUCGAGAGGUUGCUUAGUCCCUCGGAAGGCGAUGCGUCGCAAGUGAAGAAGACUGCUGUGCUCCGCCCUCCUUCCUUUCGUGUUGGCCAAUUUCUCCGCAUUGACCAAGCGCAAGCUGUAGCGUGGAUGCAGGACCGCGAAAAUCCAGCCGUGGUCUUCACCGAGGAAGAGGUGGAGGAGUAUGUCGAGCCAUCCUCGGGGAUCAGGAUCGUGGGCCGCGUCACAAGACAGAACAAGGCUCGCGGAGGGGUCCUCGCCCAGGAAGUUGGUUUCGGCAAAACUGUGGUGACUCUGGCGUUGCUUGAUCUCCAGCGCCCUCUCGUAGCCGAUUGCAUGCACCUUCGCCGGAUCAAGUCACCCGGCCUGACCGCGCUGAAGGCCACUCUGAUCAUUGUUCCGGACCACAUCCUGGAGCAAUGGAGCAACGAGAUCGAGUUCUUCUUACAAAGUGGCAACCGGACAUGGACCGUGGUCGUCCUUCGCAAGAGGGCGGCCUUCCCAUCAGCACAAAAGCUGGCGGCAGCGGACAUUGUGCUGGCAUCCUUCACCGCUGUUCGACUCUCGGGCGUGUUCCGCGCCAAGCUAGCCGACGCUUCGGGACAGGUGAGCAUGAUCGGGCCAGACAACGAAAGGGCAUUUGGCGACUUCUAUGGUGCGUGCUGCCGGGAGCUUCGGAAGCUUCACGUCGACUCCGACGACAUUGGUACCGCGGCCUUGAACAAGGUCCGCGAAAGUCAUCAGGUUCUUCGACAAGCUUGGGAGAGCCACGUGCCACCCAGUAAGCGAAAGAAGGGCGCGAGGGGCACGGCUGCGUCCGCGGCAUCAGGCGACAAUUUCCCCGGAGCGAAGCUUAUCAAAAAGCUGGAGGGCAAGGAGGCCUCGUUUGUGGCUGCGGUAAACAAGUAUCACCAGUCGCAAGCGGCCCUCGAGUUCUUCAGCUGGACGAGAAUCGUCUAUGAUGAGUUUUCGUAUCCUGAUAUCGUGGUGGAAGCUUUCGUCCGGGAGGCAGUCGCCGGCGCCAAAUGGCUCCUGUCCGGAACUCCUCCCCUCUCCGAUCUCCAGAGGCUCUGCUCGACGGCGUCAUUGAUCAAUGUUCACGUCGCGCGAGAAGAGCCCGCCUUGCCUCUCCACCUUCCUCCCGUCACCAAGGGACCUUCUGCCUCCGACAUGUCCGCGUCCGAAGAGUACCGCGCCCUCCGCCAGCUGAAGACGGCCACGUUUGCGUACGAGCGACACCGCCAAGCGGAGGCGUUUGUCGCCAACUUCAUGAGCAGCAACAAGGCCAUUCUGAACCCGCGUGUUCGAGUUGUGCGCAAGAUUGUUCUCGUCGCGUCCGAGACCACUGCUUCGGCCAGCUAUCUGUCCCUCCAGCAGAAUCUCCACGACGCGCGCUGGGAUCCGCUGUCCUUGUCACCCGAAGCGAGCGCGAGGUUUUUCGCCCUCUUGGAAAUGCCCAAGGGGUUUGCCGCAAUCAACAUGGUCUCCCAGCAGGAAAGGCUCAACCUCUCCGUCAAGGCGCUGCUUCUCGCACCGACUCUCCCCGUCGAGGUAUCCUACAGGCAUCUUCGCGGCCUGGACCACGACGGCGUCGUGCAGCAGCUCAGCGUUACCGAUCUGCUCGAGCUAAUUGAACAAGAAGCCCGCGACGGAUUCGAGCGCCUUUUCUUGCUCAUCAAGUCUCAGUUCGACCGACUGAUGUGGACUGCGAAGCAAGCGAACCCCGACACUGCCGAGAACGCGGCCACUGCCAGCCAAGCACAGCAGGACGCCGACGGGGACGACAAUAACGGGGACUCGGAAAACGAGGGCGAGGAUCAAGAGGAAGCCGAAGACGCUGACGAGGAAGUCUCUGGCCCCAUGCCUGGCAAACAAUCAUCUGCGGCCAAAGCCCUGCGUGCCAACAAGUAUAUGCAAGCGCAGCGGUAUCUGGCGGACAUCAUUGCCCAGGUCGCAGACACCCAAGCUGGCGGCAUCGGUGGCGUCGAGGCCACCUACCUCAUCCGAGCCUGUCUUUUGGGACCCCUCCGCGCCCUUCUUGAACGCGAGGUCGAGCACACCCACAACGCCACGCUCGCGGCCCACGUCGACACCAUCACCCAAACUGGUAGUGGCGGCGCAAGCACGAGCGCGAGCCUUGACAAGAUGCACGGUCGCUACAUUGGCCUCAAGGACGGAGCCAGCCUUCGCGACCACCAGCUCGACAAGCUGACGGAGAAGUAUUACGAGUUCGGCACAUGUCUUCCAGGCGACUACCCGAUCCUCGGCAGGAGCAAGACCACGCGGGGCACCAAGAUCGAAGAGGCGCUCGACGAUUUCAUCCUCACUUCCCAGAGCGUCUCCGAGGGUGUCAAUCUCAAGUUUGUCGAGGCUCUCCGCCGCUGGCGUUUCCUCAGGUCCAUUCUCCUCCUCGCCAGGGACGAGCUCGAUGGGCGAAGCUGCGCUGCUUGUGGGCGCUGCGACGUAUUGAGUCAUGAAGCGCGCGCGUUUAACAACUGCGCGCACUUUACCUGCGUCGCGUGCCACCACAAGACAGACCUAGGUAGCUGCCCCGUCUGCACGAGCAAAGGUUGCGAUUCUGCAAUCAGCCAAGAGCCCCUCGCGCCCCAACUGGUCUGCCACAGCUGCCAAGAGACAACCAUCUUGAGCCCCCACGACGCGCAUGUCCUCGCCGGUUGCGGCCACAUCCUCUGCCUCGCCUGCUCCAUCUCCAUCCGUGAACUCUCGCCAGAGCAGCAGCGCGACGACGGCACAUCUGAGGCUCUCGCCUGCACGGCAAACAAGUGCGGGUGCCCGCUCACAGGCCUCGCCAUACCGGGCAACGCCCUCGUCACCAGCCGUGGCGCCGCCACGAUCGAAUCUCUCGGCAUGGGCGGCAAGCUUCAACGCAUGGUCGAGCUCGUACAUGCAGCCAAGGCGCAGGGCGACAAGGUCCUCGUCUUCGUAGCGUACGAGGAGCAGUUUACUACCGCGUUCAAAGCCCUCGAGGCGGCCGGGCUGGAUGUGCUCCGCACGGAUGAUGCCGCGACGUCCAGCAAGGUCCUUGGCCAGUUCCAGGCCGGAGAGGGCGACGUCCUCCUCCAGAAGCUCUCGGCACCCGAGUCGGCUGGCAGCAACUUGACCAUCGCCAACCACAUCAUCUUCCUGGGCCCCUUGUUCACGAGGGACCAGCGCGACUGGGAAAUGGUGAUGAAGCAGGCCGUGGGUCGGUGCAACCGCCCCUUGCAGACCAAGAACGUGUACGUCUACCAUCUCGUGGCUAGGCACACCCUCGACGUCGACGUCUUGUCGCAUCACCUCAACAUCCACAUCCGCCCUGAGCCAGGCACGGAUGAGAUGAUGAUGACGAUGGAAAAGGCGGCAGAUGGCGAAUUGGAGAUGGAAGAGGCCGGGCAAAGCAUGGUGUUGGGUUCGAUCCUGGACGCUAACGAGAUCGCGACGCUUCUUCGGAAGUCGUACGAUCCCAAGGAUACCCACAACAUCUUUUAG